AUGGUUGCGCAGAUCUUGAUAAAGGACUUCACCAACUCGGCCAUCCACAUGCCUCCCAAGGACCGGCAGCGAUUCGUCAAUCUCUCGAAUGAUAUCAGUCAGUUGGGAUCCGAUUUUGUGAAUGGCGCUGAGCCGGCGAAAUCGCACGUGGUGCUCAACAAGAACAGCGUACGAGGCAUGGAUCCCGUUGUUGUGCAGCAGCUGCAGAGGUGGAAUCGGGUGUCGAUUCCCACCGUGGGAAUGGUCCCCAAGCUCGCCUUACGAUCAAUUCACGAUGAAGAAGCUAGGAGAGAGAUUUAUCUCGCGACACGGACGUCGAGCAAGGCGCAAAUUCGUCGGCUGGAGGAGCUUCUGGCCAAGAGAGCCGAACUGGCCAAGCUCUCGGGAUACCCGAGCUUUGCACACAUGGCUCUGAGUGAUAAGAUGGCCAAGACCCCCGAGGCCGUGUCCAAUUUCUUGACGACUCUCAUCGAGAGUAACCGGGUUCAGGUCCAGGAGGAACUGGCUAAAUUACAGAGCAUGAAAGGAGCGUCGCCUUUACAACCGUGGGACCAUGCGUACUACGUCCACCAACGCGUGUUUGAAUAUUCCAUGUCUCGCAGAUCCCGCGAGCUCAGCCGGGUUCCAGAGUUCUUCUCUCUUGGAACCGUGAUGCAGGGUCUCUCGCGUCUCUUCGAUCGGCUGUACGGGGUGCGCCUGGUACCGCAGGAGACUGCGCCGGGAGAGACAUGGAACUCGGACGUGCGACGGCUGGAUGUGGUCGACGAGGCUGACCGCCAUAUCGCGGUGAUCUAUUGUGAUCUGUUCACCAGGCCCGACAAGAGUCCGAAUCCAGCCCAUUUCACGCUGCGGUGCUCGCGUGAAAUCUCGGCUGACGAAAUCGCCGAGUCGGCGUCGAUGGAUCCUCCGUCUCACCCGAAUGACGGAAUGGCCACUGCGAUGAAUGUCGAGUCAAACACCCUCCGACAGCUGCCGACCAUCGCUCUCGUCUGCGACUUUCCGGAACCGCCCGCUUCCGGCAAUGGCCCUCCGACCCUUCUGUCUGAACACUGCGUGCGAACGCUGUUCCAUGAGAUGGGACAUGCCCUCCAUUCCAUCCUUGGUCAGACGCCACUUCAGUCCAUAUCAGGAACCCGCUGCGCGACGGAUUUUGCGGAGCUGCCCUCCGUGCUGAUGGAAAGCUUUGCCACCGCCCCGGAGGUCCUGUCUCUCUACGCGCGUCACUGGGAGACGGAUGAGCCGUUGUCGGAGAGUAUGAUGCGCAGCAUGGAGCUGGAUCGAUCGGCUCACGGGCUCAUAUACGGGGCCGUGGAAAACGAGGCGCAGAUCCUGAUGGCGCUCGUGGAUCAAGCUUACCACACGCUGCCUACCGACAGCCCAGCGAUUGACAGCACGGAGAUCUACCACCGUGUCUUUUCGGAGCACUCGUCUCUGCCUGACCCUCCGGACACGCAGCCUCGCACGUCCUGGCAGGGGUUCUUCGGACACCUGUAUGGUUACGGCGCGACCUACUACAGCUACAUCUUUGACCGGGCGAUUGCGAACAAGAUCUGGCAGGAUGUAUUCCAAUCCGGCAAGGCGGCCAUCGACAGAGAAGCGGGCGAGCGGUACAAGAACGAGGUCCUCCGCUGGGGAGGGGGGAGAAAUGGAUGGCGCUGCGUGGCGGGCGUGCUGGGCAACAGCAACCCGUCGAAUGCGGACGGCCGUCUGGCGGAGGGCGGCGAAGAGGCGAUGCGCGAGAAGUCUACUCUGUACCAUGCCCUCGGUCGAGAUCUUGGCGAGAUCGACCGGUCCGAUCGAGCUGGAACUAGACUGGACAAGGGUGCCUACGCAGGCACGAGUCGAUAG